AUGGCGGACGCGCUCUACAUCUUCAUCGGACACUCUGGGACGGCCCGGUUUUUUUCUAUUAAUGCUCAAUUUAUAUGUGAUGCUGAUAUGAAAAUAAUGAAUGUUGUAAGUCGAUGGCCAGGUUCGACCCACGAUGCUAGGAUUUGGGACAAUAGUGUUGUUGCUGCAAGAUUUGAAGCUGGUAUAUAUGAUGGUUUACUUGUUGGUGAUAGUGGAUAUGCGUUGUCACCCAAGCUGAUGACUCCAGUAUUGCUGCCUACAACCCAAGGAGAAAGAAGGUACAACCGUGCACAUAUUUUGACCCGUAAUAUUGUAGAACGAACUUUUGGAGUCUUAAAGAAAAGAUUUCAAAUUCUUGAGAAGGGAAUGAGAUUCAAUCCAGUUAAGUGUGGAAACAUAAUAGUAGCUGCAAGUGUGCUGCACAGCUUUGGCAUUGAAGUAGGUGACGUUUUUCAAGCGGAUGAGGCUGAUGUAGAAAAUGAACCGUAUGAGGUAGAAGUUGUUGAAAAAAUUGAUAAAUAAGUUGAUACUGGAUUUCCGUUGUGGACAUUUCAAAGUAGCUACAUUAGUUUCUUUAAAUGAACAAUAUUUAUAUAUUAUGAGCUUUACUGCA